UUUCCAAAUCCAUUCCAGGCAUGGUUCAUCCAGAUGAUAAAGGUUAUGGAUUGGAACUCGUUAAACCAGUGACGGAUAACAAGGAUAUGAAGGAUGAUUUACUGCUCAUUGCCCCUCAGGAUAAUGCUAAUUUCUCAUCAGAGUUGGAAGACCUCCAUUUAAGUGAGGCAGAUUGGCAGUCCCUUUCUUUUGCAGAAGAAGAAGAUGCCACACAUGUCGUCUGUGGGCUCAUUAAUGAACUUUCCAAAAUCAAUCGUAUCAUUAUGAUCACUCACCGGGAGCUAGAAAGCAUGAAAAGGCACAAAACCAGGAAAGCAAGAGCUACCAGCAGACACCCACACUUCCCAAAAGGAGCGGCAAAUGUACCAUAUUUACUGAAGAGAAAAGAUCUGUGAAAAAAGUUGGGGCUUGCUGGUGUUCACAAUAGUCACUGACGUACUUGCAGCAUAGAAACAGGCCAGUUGCCUCAACAUGUCCACUUGUAGUUUAUGCUGCACUAAAAGCUCUCUGUCUCAUUUAAAUCUCCAGGUAUCUUUCUGUUCCUUUCUCCCCAGUGUUUAGCAAGCUUCCCUCUAAAUGCAUCUGGACCACUUCAAUACUAAUUGCCCACAAGGUCCACUCACUUCAAUACUAUUUGUGCUCACAAGUUCCAAAUUGCAGACACCCCCUGGUAAGUACGUUUCCAUGAAAUCCUCCUUUGACGUUGUUCCAAGCAAAGAUCUUAUAGCUCUAAGAUCUUUUGUUCCAAGCACUAUUUUAUAGAUCUUGCACGAGAGAAAACAUCCUUUUCGCAAAAGUUUCAUUAUAUAAUCACCCCUCAGUUCUCCUGUUUCUAUUGAAAAGAGCCUGUAUAAUCAAUCUUUCCUGAUUAUCUGAAAUACGAUACCAUCUUAACUAAUCUUUGUCGCACCACCAAAACUUGCAACUCCAUUUAAUAUAAACAGCAUUCCAAGUUUCAUGAAGCAUUGUUCUGUAAAGACCCAACGUUAGUUGUUUACAUUCCAAUUUCUUCUCCAGAAAUAAGCUGCAGAGAUUCAUUAGCCUGCAUUGACUGUUAGCAUUUAUUUGUGUAUUUAUAUAUACUUCCCUCUUCCUGCACCUCAUUAUUUUCCAAGGAUCGCAUGGGCUCCUUAUUCAUGUAGCCAUAAUAUACAUCGCAUACUUGCCUUAUUUUGAAAUUCAGUUGCACACUUAUUCUUCAGGCUUAUUAAUACUCUCCUGUGUUGAGCCAGUCCUCUGUCUGACUCACAUCCUUCAAUUUGGUUCUGGUCACAAAUGUUGAAAUUCCUGCUUCUGAACCUUUACUUAUGUAGAUGAUGAACAAGAGAGGGCCAAGCAUCAAUUCUAUUAGAUCCCUGGUUCCCACCUUGUGAAAUGUAGCUAUCUUCAAUAUGUAGCAAGCAACUGCAAAUGCUGGUUCAAACCGAAGAUAGACACAAAAAGCUAGAGUAACUCAGUGGGGCAGGCAGCAUCUCUGGAGAAAAGGAAUGGGUGAUGUUUCGG